AUGCGGCUCAAGGCCGCUCCGUCUUCCGGCAUUCUAUCCACCCUAUUCCGUCCCGGGGCCGGGCUAACGUCCGGUCGAUGGUCAUCCACACGUGCAGUUGACCAACCCUCUCUCAAGCUCCUUACUCAUCAACAUCUCACGGGAUCGGGACCUGACACCUUUGUCUCUUAUGAUACUGCCCACGCUGCUCAGGAGGACCUACGCUCUCAGUUUCUUCAAUGGAAGGGGUUGUCAGAUGAAGACCAACGUGGUCAAGUACCCCGUCCUCAUCUUGUUUCUUUUGAGCCUGCACCAACUCUUACCCUUGGACGCCGUCAACCGCCUCUGACUCCGGCUCAGACGUCCCGUUUCCAGGCGCCUCUUUCUGUCACUCUCCCCAGCCGACGUAGCUCCGUCCCUGAGCGGGCCUUUACUCCUGAUGUUAGGCAAACGAGUCGUGGUGGUUUAACGACAUACCACGGCCCAGGGCAACUCGUACUCUGGCCUGUAUUGGACAUGCAUUCGCCUCUGUUUGCUCACUACUCGGUUAUGUCCUAUGCGAGUCAUCUUGAAGCUACCACGCGUCGCCUCCUCGCCGAUACAUUCGGGUUGAAAACUUACACAACACGGGAUGAGCCUGGAGUUUGGGUCUACACCUCUGCUGGUCAGCCGGAACGCAAGAUAGCGGCCAUGGGUGUCCAUCAUCGGCGACAUGUCACAGCGCUUGGCAUCGCUGUGAAUAUUGAUGUUCCCGUGGAAGGACCUGAGGGUGUAAACCCCUGGGCUCGUUUCGUUCCAUGUGGUCUUGAGGGCAAACUCGUCACAUCCGUGGCCGCCGAGUUGAAGGAGAAUGGCGAUAUAUCACGACUGGAUGGUUGGGACAUGGCAUCUCUGGCAGCUAGAUGGGCGACGAUGUUUGACGAAGGAUUAGUAGAUGAGACGAAGAGGGAUGUUGACGGUGAAGCGAGCACUGGUCUUCGUCGUGCUGCCAUGUAG